GCCUGCUCUCUCCUGCUCUCUGUCAGUGUAUUUAUUGAGUCAUUGUAAGAGAUGCAUGUGUGAGGUCAGUGCUGCCUGUCAGGAAGCAGUGUUGUAACAGGGAGCAAGGACGGAAUUUGACCUCAGGGGGACAGUUUCACCAGAGAGUUAGACAAAGAAGGAAGACGAACUAACUAGAUGAAUCUUUGAAUGGAUCUGAAGAUGAUGGGAUUUGCAUCUUUUGGUCUGAAGCUCUAGAGUGACAGAGGAAAACUGAUGAACAGAAAAAAAGAGACAUGCUUGCAGACAAAGAGGGAUGGAAGACCUUCUGCUGUUGGACAUGAACACAUAGAAGUAUUUCUUUUUUUAUUUCUCCUUCUGACAGCUGAUGACGUGGCCAACAUCUCUGUGGGUUGAUAUGCUAAAAUGGCACCGGAUAUUUAAUGAAUAGAGCUUCCUACACAGACGAGCUGAAAGGAUCUAUGAUGGGAUUAAGAGGAGCUGUGCUAAAGAAAUGUGGCCACUGCUGACCACUGAGCAUGGGGAAAGCAGAAAUGACUGACUGACCUCCAGACACUGUAAAUAUUUAACUAAGCGAUAACUGAACUCUUUCAACCAUGAUGGGAUGUUGGACGUACCAAAGAUGCUAGGGCUAAACAUGCUGGGACAGUAUUGCCUCUUUCUGAAAGAGCAGUGAGGAUGAAGAGACGAGGCCACACCAGAGGCCAGAGGUUUGUCAAGGCUGACUACUAUGAAUUGGACUGGUACUAUGAGGAGUGUACUGAUGUGUUGUGUGCUGACAGAGUGGGCCAGAUGACGAAGACCUACAGCGACGUCGAUGCCGUCACCAGACUACUGGAAGAGAAAGAGCGGGACCUGGAGUUGGCGGCUCGCAUCGGACAGUCGCUGCUGAAGAAGAACAAAGCUCUGAGUGAUCGAAACGAACUGCUGGAGGAGCAGGUGGAGCACAUACGGGAGGAGGUGUCUCAGCUACGUCAUGACCUAUCCAUGAAGGAUGAGUUACUGCAGUUCUACACAAAUGCAGCUGAGGAAAGCGAGGGGGAGUCCAACACCUCCACACCGGUGCGUCAGAGUGAACCUAAUGUGUCGACCCCAACUUUGUUUCCUCUGGACUCCCUGCAGAAGAAACUCAAAGAUUUGGAAGAAGAGAACAAAUCACUGCGAUCCGUGGCAAAUCAUUUGGAGACUGAAACCAUCUCAUAUGAGGAGAAAGAGCAGCAGCUUGUCAGCGACUGCGUGAAAGAGCUCCGUGCUGCCAACCUGCAGAUCUCCUCUCUGGCAGAAGAACUGGCCAGGAAGAGUGAGGACGCUUCCAGACAGCAGGAAGAGAUCACACACCUCCUCUCUCAGAUCGUGGACCUGCAGAAGAAAGCGAAGCUUUAUGCAGUUGAGAAUGAAGAGCUGACGCAGCAUCUGGGUGCAGCCAAGGACGCCCAGAGACAGCUCACCGCUGAGCUGCGUGAGCUGCAGGAUAAAUAUGCAGAAUGUUUGGAGAUCCUGCAUGAAGCCCAGGAGGAGCUGAAGAACCUGAGGAAUAAGACUCUCCCUCUCAGCACCCCGAGGCGUUUCCAUACCCCGGGCUUGUUCCCAAUGGACUCCCUUGCGGCAGAAAUCGAGGGCACUAUGAGAAAAGAGCUUCAGAUGGAUGAUCCAGAUGUAGAGGAGCAGAGACUGCACCCAAAGCGAGUUUUCCAGACGGUGAAAAACCUCAACCUGAUGCGUCAGCAGCGCUCCUCUGGAGCCCCUUCCCCUCUCAACAUCCCCGGCUCCAAUCAGAACUCCUGCUUCACCUCAGGGCGCUCCAGCAGGGUUGGCACGCCUCGCUCCAACUCCAUCUACGGGAGUGAAACGGGAAGUGGGAUCAUCCUGGACAACAGGACAAGCAGUAUCCUGGAGGGUCCAGAUGAUGGGUCGGAAGACUCCAACAAGCGUCCCCCUGGAACACCUGGGACCCCAGGCAGCAGGGACCUGGAGGCAGCUCUGCAUCGCCUGUCCUUACGCCGCGACAACUACCUCUCAGAAAAAAGAUUUUUUGAAGAAGAGAGGGAGAGAAAGCUGGCCUACCUGAGGAAGGAGGAGGAGAAAGGAGGGGUUGAAGGCAGCGGAGGCCCAGGAACCCCUACAGAGAGCCUGCUGUCGUUCUGCUCGCAUCCCUCCUUUGGAAGCAUCUGGUCGGGAUAUUCCAUCACUGCCAGGUCCUACCUGCCUGAGAAGCUGCAGAUUGUAAAGCCGCUAGAAGGUUCUGCUACCCUCCAUGCGUGGCAGCAGCUGGCUCAGCCCCACAUGGGGGCUCUGCUGGAUCAUCGGCCGGGCGUGGUCACAAAGGGCUUCCGCACCUUAGAGCAGGACCGGGAGCAGGACGAGAGCUGGCAGCUGGACCAGCCAGAGGAGGACGAGGCGUCAUGUGACUCUCUUGCGGGCUUGUCAGGAGAGAGCUCUGCUGCGAUAGGUUCACUACAUUCUACCUCUGCUGACUCCCUCCGCUGUAACAGAGCUGCUGGCAUUAAGGGAAACGGCCAAUUAGAAGGAAUGAACGGAGCAAUCUGUGGCCUUAAAGAAGCAGCCGGAGGAAAAGAUGGACAUGUUGCAGGCACGCCCCUUCCCCUGUCCUGCUCUUCUCCUGUUCCGUCCUGUUCAGAGAUCAACAGGCACACGGACCUCAAGGAGCUUCAGGCGCUGCAGCCGCCCACCAUGGACCGCAUGCCUGGUGAGGCUCAUUUCCCAGGAAAGUCUAUGUCCCACACCAGCUCCACAUACACCUUCACCACCUGCAGGAUUCUCCACCCGUCUGAUCAGCUGACCUCCGUGUCGCCCAGCCCUGCCUUAGCUGUUUGUCAAAGUAGCUCUGCCAUCGGCACUCCUUCCCACACCUCCUCUCCUGUACCAUUCUCAGGCCCUCAUACACCUUCCUACACCCCCUGCUGCACCCCACGCCGCCUCUCCCUAUCGCUCUCCCUUGGCGAGUCCUCAACCAACCUGAGGGACUCCACUAAGACCACCAGCACCUCCCUAGGCCUUGUCCGCCUCCUGCGGGAGCAUGGGAUAUCUGCCUCAGUGUAUGACCCGUGCAGCUGGGACCGAGGGCUGCUGGGUGCCAGCAGUACUUCAACACCCACUGAAAGGGUGCAGGUGCAGAGGAGCGCAGCCAAGUCACAGGAGAAGGAGGUCGGACAGCUGGUGAAACGACCAGACACUCUGCUCCUUCAGCCCUCCACCCCCCCCAGCUCAGCCAAGCCAGAAUCUGCCUCCUCUGCCACCGCGCGUCCUGCAUUUCAGUUCAGCCCUUCGAAAGAGGAUCCGCCGUAUUACGAUGCCUUCCUCGCUUCAAAGCCCGCCCGCACCAUCCUGAGGGAAGUGUUGAUGGAUCUGGAGAGAGAGUAUCACAGCGAGAUGGAUGAAGACUGCCAGAGCGACGUGACAAACCUCGGAUUGGUGGACAAACUGAAGCGUUUCCGAACCCUUUCUCCUGUUUCUGCCUCCGGCUCCUCUGGAAGCGCUCUGCUGGCCCCCUUCAGUUCCAGCGGACUCGGGGGCGGGCUUCCAGGUUUAAAUGCAGGACUAAGGAGGAACCGAAGCUAUCCGGCCAUGGUGGGAGCCAGUAUGGCCAUGAAGGACCCAGGCGGACCACCCUGCACACUCAUCCCACAGACAAUGCAAACAUCACAUUCACAAGAUCCGGCGCAGUCAGAAGAAACGGGCAGAGUGCAAACACACCCCUCUGUAGUCAGGAAGUCCAUCCACAUACCGCAGACUCUACACGCCCUGGAACCAGCCACGCCACACACAAUCAUACAGAGACACAGCAGGGACGUAACAACACAGCGAGGGUCAGACUAGGACAUGGUCGGAAACACUGUUAAUGCCAUUACCACAUCAAUACAAAGCCAAAAAGCAUAUUUAUCACACACAGCUGACGGGUACAAUCCCCCCUCAGACUCACCAAGAGCGUUCCUCAGACCCCCCCCACCCAACCCCAGCCACUAGUGUGAAAACUAGACUAAAGCGAUGAAGUGAGGCAUAAAGCCAUUAGUGGCUGAAAGUGUUACACUGUGUGAUUAAAGCACUGUCAGGCCAGGAUAACGACAGAGUACGCUGCCUUCCUUUGUGUCAUUAUCGUAUAAUGUACUGUAUAUGCAAUAUGCUGUGGCAUGUAAGAUAUUAUUAAAGCCCCAAUCUGGUGUACAUUAUGAUGCAACUCAGUUUUAAUCUGAUCUAUGUUCCUUAGAGAUGCCAAACUGUAUGGCUGAUUUCUCAUCUGUGGUUUUUGUAACGCUUUGACUCUUUUUUUGAGCUUAUUUGCAAGCAGAGCUUAUGCUAUCUCUCUCUCUAUCGGCCUUAAUAAACUUAAAUCUCCUUUUAUGGCGUGAAAGUUUCCUGUUAAACAGUUUUUCUUCAUCUAGUUGAUUUUUCUUUAAAACACCACUGAUGCUGAAACCAGCUAACUCUGAUUGCUGUUCUCUGUGACGGCUUCCGCACUGAAGAGCGUUGUCAGCAUAACACUAAUGUUAAUGUCUAAUGCGUUUGAAAGUUACACUUAACGUCUUUUUACCUUUUUAAUUAUCUUAUGUGCCCAGUUUGUCUUAAAAAAUAUAUGAAAUUCAAAAAUCUCAAAUCUAAAAGAAAAACAUGUUUCAAAUGUUUCAUGAAAGCAUUUAGGCAUUUUUAUUAGAUCCUAAAUGCUUGUAUGUUCAUUUAUAACCAUCGAUAUUAAUAGAUUUAUCGCUCUGCAAUGCCUUCUCCUUUUUUUUUCUUUUUUGAUGAAAUGAAAUCCAGAUUGGGGUUUUAAGAUAUCUUCCUCCUGUGACUGAAUGUUCUUAUGUGCCUAAAAACAAAAACACUGUAUUUCGUUGGAAUAUGGGUUUGCAUUUGUUGUCCUUAGUUGGUUUGUAAUCAUUUUUUGUUUCUUGUGCUGUGUGCAAUACAGGAAGUGAGAUUAUUUGUGGAAAUUCAAUGGUUAUGCUUCCAAAUGUGUGUUCGUAUUAUUUUGGAUGAACAGUAUUUCUACCUUUUUUUUCCAUUUAAGUCCUUGUUUUUGGUUACAUGAGAAAAAUAACCUGCUCAUUUAUCUUUAUUUAUGUCGGCGGUAAAUGAAAACAUUUCUGAAUGUAGGCAUUUGAUCAAUAAAAUGGACACAGACAUGGUAAUCUAACAAAAUGUGCAUCUGCUCCUUCAGCACACCCAAAAACAGACUUGCACUAAAAGCCAAAGGUAAAGUCCGUUUGCACCAUGUUGUUUUUUUUGUUUUUUUUUUUACCUUUAUUGGUUCUAUCUUUCAAUAUUGUUCACCUUUUGUCUCUUAAUAUGCACAUUUUUUACUGUUUGGAUCAAACAUGGAAUGGAAUCUAAAUGUAACCUCUAAUCUUUGCGCUCCUGUUUAAUCCUUGGAGCAGAAAUAUCCUGGUGGAGUAACAGAAAGCUCUGAUUAAAUUAUCCAUCAAGCCCAAUUCUGUGUUAUUAAGCCUAAAGAGAAGCAAAUGAUACAGAAAUGUUUCUAGUACUGUACAUAAAACAGCCUCAGUAUUGAUGUGUUGACUUUUCAACACAUCAGUACUGAGGCUGUUGGGGUUUCACUGCUUACUCUGGGUCAGGACGCUGCAUGUGGACCAAGACGUUGAAAUUAAGAGGGAUUAACCUUUUUUUUUCCUCUUAUAAGAGUCAAACAAGUUAAAUUUGCACGUUUAAUUGAAGGUUGUUUCUGAUUUUGCUUAUUUUUUUGUCAGAUUGACCUUUUCUGGUUAAAUACUUCUUUCAGUAGUGGUUUUCAGACUUAUUUCUCUUGCCAAUGGCGACAUUGAUUUUUCCAUUUCUGCCUUUGACUUCACGGCAGCAGCACAUUUUGUUAAGAUGCAAAAGAAAAGCAGUAUUUCAGAAGUGAAGAAGCAAGCGGUAAUGUUGGCGUGACUGAGGGUGUCAGAUUGUGCCACAUCAUCUGAAUGUAAGUUAUUGUUCAUCUCCAAGGGCCAUUGUACAGUAUGAUGGUUAGAUUUUUGAUUUAGUCCAUUAUUGUAAAUAUAUGCAAUGUCAAAUACAUGUCAAAUUUUGAACUAUAUAUAAAGUAUGUAAAAAAUGUAAUAAAAGUGAAUAGUCUAUUUAGGAUAAUAGGGGAAUAUGUUCUAGACAGAUAGUGCUGGGUUCUAUUUUAUAAAACAUGUAAAACUGUCAGUAAAAUACAAAAUAAAGACUCCAUUAUUGUCUUUCAUUU